AUGGCCGCCAUCCAGCUCAACUUCACCCUCCGCACCUCCGCCAACUGCAAGACCGUGCACUUGCUCGGCUCGUGGGACAACUACAACGGUCAGCUCCCGCUCUCCAGCGACCCGUCUAAGGCCGGUGCCUGGAAGGGCACUUUCCGCUUCCAGGGCGCCACCUUGAAGCAGGGCCAGCGCUACUGGUACUACUACAUCAUCGACGGCUACCACGUUUCGCACGACCCCGCCCGCGAGUUCACCACCGAGCCCACCACUGGCCGCAAGCUCAACAUCCUCGACAUCCCCGCCCCCGGCAAGACCGCCGCCGUGCCCGACGUUGCCGCCAAGCGCUCCUCGCGCCGCUACUCUCAGGAUGUCGCCAAGGGCCGCUCGCUGUCCCCCUCGCAGAUCAAGUCGCCCCGCCCGGUGAAGCCCAACCAGCACAAGACCAUCGUCAACGGCGCCUACGAGCCCGCCACCGUCGAGGCCCUGACGUCGCGCUUCAGCCGCGCCAACCUCGAGGAGAGCAGCGACGACGACUACUCGGACAGCGACAUCGACUCGGACGUGCCUUCGCUCACGUCGCGCAGCUCCAACUCGUCUUCGCCGUCAUCCGUGUCGAGCGCGAGCUCGUGCUGCACCUGCGAGCGCUACGGCAUCACCCGUGCCGGCGAGCGCGUCAAGCUCGACUGCGGCGGCUCCCGCUGCGGCUACUCGGACGACUCGUCCGACUGCUCGUCUGAGGACGACGAGGUCUACCGCGAGCGCGCCACCCGCCGCCAGGGCGUCGUCAUCCGUGGCUAA